ACAGACACGCACACCCACAGCACAGACACGCAUACACACAGUAUGCGUGAGCACACACACUAUUGCCUUCAUAUGAAAUACACAGGGGUUCUGUGUAGUUAUGAUGGCAAAACGUUUUGUUUUGUUCAAGUGCAAUGUCUGCACAUGUAUACCCCACAUGGUGUAAAAAACAAUAGUCUCAUCUCUCACAUCAUGGGAUCUAAGUAUCAUCUUUCUGUUUUUCUUUGUCGACUGUUCCUCUCUGAGGAUGUUCCUCUCAUGCAAAUACUUAGUACAUCUGGCCCUCAUCAAGAGAAAAACCCCAUUCAAAACGUGUGGGAGACAUGGUUGUUUAUCCGUCGCUUUGUUAUGUAACUGGCUCUUUGUUAUGGUCUUCACUGGGAUGUGAGGCAGCAGCGAGCUCUAGUGGUGAGAUAGAAACAUUACAUAUCUUCAGGGCACUUGUUUUUAAUGGGACAUACAGUAUUACAGCUCCAUGCUUGUGAUGUUAUUAUUGUUGUUGUACUUUCAACACACCGGCUUACACACAGAAUCAACUUUCAAUUUAUGAUGUUUAGAACUUAUAUAUAUUUUUUCUUUUAUUAUGAAUUAGGCUGCAGGCCUAUAUUGCAGAUGGGGUGUUUUUGGUCAUGUAGCCUACACUGCGUGAUGCUGAUGAUCCAUUCUGAGAAAUGCUUCUUAUGUCAUAGGCUAUGAAAUGUUACUAUUACCUAAGUAAUGCCCACAGUUCUAACAUCAGAGUACUUUUGGCCUAGGCUACUAAUUCAUAGAAACACAUACACAUUGGAAUGCGACCAAUUACACACCUAGCUCACCUUGGAACUCUGAGAAAGAGAACAGCUUGUUGUCGGUUAUUUGACGUUUCGAGAGAGAGAGAGAGAGAGAGAGAGAGAGAGAGAGAGAGAGAGAGAGUGUAGUGGGCUGCUAUUAGAUAAUAGUGCAUCUCAUCAAAGCUCAUUCCAACCAGAGGCUCCAUUCUCCCCUCAGUAGAAUAGCUGCAUGCACACAGACCAGCAGGAGCUCCUCUGUUUUCUCUUCUCCUGUCCAGAGGUCAUACCAGGCUAUUGAUAGUACAGUACCACUAUUAUUAUUAUUACUACUAUGAAUUCAAAUCAAUAGUCCAGAUGGCAACUAUGUGUAGAAUACCAGUUUUUCCUCACCUCCUGCAGGAUCGGUGUGUGGACACAGGUCUGUCUCUGUCUCUGGGCAGGAGUGUAAUGGCCGAGCCGGACUAUCUGGAGGGGGACUGUGAGGAGCUGAUCAAACCCAAGAAACUGUUGAACCCAGUCAAGGGCUCCAGAAACCACCAGGACCUCCAUCGAGAACUCAUGAUGAACCAAAAGAGGGGCCUAGCUCCCCAGAACAAACCAGAGCUCCAGAAGGUUCUGGAGAAGAGGAAGAGAGAGCAGGUCCUCAAGGCCCAGAGGGAGGAGCAGGAGGCCCACACCAAGAGGAGCGACCUGGAGAUAGAGCUCAUGAAGAGACAACAGAAACUAGAACAGCUUGAGUUGGACCAGCAGAAGGAUGAGGAGGAGCAGGAGAACACCCCUGAGUUUGUGAAGAUGAAGAGCAACCUGAGAAGGACCAAGCAGGAGGCCAAUGGGGAGGAACUUACCACUUAGGGAGCCACGGGUGGUGUGUUUGUGUGUGUGGAAAAAUAGAAAGCAACUGUGUACUGUACAUAGAGGAAUGUUUGUGCAUAUGUGAGUGUGUGUGCCUGUGUGCAGAUUCAAUGGCACAUGUUAUCUCAUAUGGACUUCCUGAUUUAUCUGACCCUGUUGAGAAAGACUUAAAGACUACAGACCAAUUUGUCUGCCCACUACAGACCAGCAGUACUACAUACCUCUUUGUCUGUCCACUACAGUACUCCCCUUACCACAGUACUCGCCUCACCUCAGCCAGAGAGGAGACUUAGCCACCUGUACUCACCUCAGCCUCUCCACUCAACACACGGACGGAGAGGAGACUUAACAUGAACGUGCUACACGUGAAGAACAGCCAGUCAAUCUUCUGGGGAGGUCUGAUGCAGGGACCAACAGAACCAACACAGAGUUUCCAUUCCCUCUGUCUCCUGUCCACCCUUCUCUCCAGCCACAGAAAGCUCUCCUUUAUGUUGUUGUUGUUUUCAUUAUCAGAACCCAGAAUGGAAAAGCAGACACUGGAUGGACUCUUGAAGCUGUGUUUUGUAAAAAUGCCAAAUUAAUGUACUGUUGUUAUUUAUGUUUAUGUUUUUAGUAUUUUAGCCCCAUGUAGGGAGAUAGACACCUCAGAUUAGUUUUACAGCUCAGUGUGUGGAGCGUGAACAGAGGGAUAUACUACAAAGCAGGAUCAAUGAGUCAGCCAGCUAACUUUGAUAAACAACCAGAAAUAACUUCGAUUUUCUGGUUAAUUAAGAAAUUCAAAUUUUAGAUAUGUGUUUUUGGUUGUUAAGUCAAUUAGAGCAUGCCAUUUCAAAAGUAUAAAAAAAGUAAGUUAUUUCAGAAUAUUUGGGCAAGUUAGCUGGCCAAGUCAUUGAUCCUACUUUGUAGUUUAUCCCUCAGGAGAGGACAAGUGUGUUUUUGUGUGAAAAAAACACCCAAAUAUUUUUUUUUUUCAACAUGCCACUUCUUCAGCUAAUGCUAUUUGAAGCAAUACUAGAACUCCCCAAAGUGUGCAAGUAGUCUUUUAUUUCUAUAAUUAUAAUAAAUAGAUUUUUUUAAAUGAAUAAAGGGGAUAAUAACUUAGUCUUAUUUUGGAUGUGAGGUCGGCAGAGAUGAUGUCUCAUACCAGGAAGUAAGUGCACAUGGGAGCCAACUAUUCCAAUAAUUGCAUUUGGUUCUAUGCUUCGUUUAUGUGCUUCUCUGAAUCUCUGGGUAAGAUUGUAAGACAAUCCUCUCCUCUGUCCCUCUGCAGAUUCAACAUCUUAUUUUAAAUAAAUAUCAUUUAACUGCU